AUUCUUCAUCAGUGUGUUCUACUUAAUGCAUCAAUCUGAAUGUGUAGGCUGACUGUCUUUCUGCGGGUGCACACACAUCAUUCAUGACUUACGGACUCGGUUCGGAUGUUAGGUAAUACUGGUGCGUACCUGGUAACGAUCCCACGCCGGGAUUGAAGGGUGACUAAAUAAUACAUCUCACUCAAGUCUGACUCGGAUGCUGUCUUAGGCAUUUAUCAAAUCGUUGCUCAAUGUCUGUUUUCUGCUUGAUGGUAGGGACUUGCUGAAGCGCCGUGGUUAUUGUAACCAUCAAUCAUUUACUUCUACGGAUUACCAUUGUUAAGCAAAUAUUCCUUUUUCUGGAAUUCGUGACGUCUAAUAACUUUAAAUCGCUUCUGGGUAUCAAGGUUUUCAAGAUGGCGGCUUAUUUCUUUUACGUCUGUGUUGCGUUCUCUCUCCUUGUUGAUGUGAUAACAGGACAGCUUACGUGCGCAGAGAACCCUAAACCAGUCUUCAUGUCUACUGAACUUGAAAUCGAAGCGGACGAGGGAUCAACAAUAACUUUACCAUGUGUAUUCUAUAAUAUUACAAGUGAUUUCCAGAUCUACUGGUAUGCCGGAAAAGAAGACAUAUUCUGGAACAAUAACGCCCAGACUGCUGCGGAUAAUUACGCGAUCGCCUACAAUAAAACCAAUUCAACGAGAAGUUCAAAUUUGACCAUCAGAGGUGUCAGCACAUCUGAUUCAAUGACUUAUCUUUGCCGGGCGAGUUCAUCAAAGAGGAUUUGCAGGGUCCAAGCCGAAUUCAAUGUUAAUGUAAAUUAUGAGCCGGUAAUACGCCACAUUGGACCCCGUCAGCCGCCAUACUGGGUGAGCUACAAACCGGAAGUUAUCUACGUGAACGAAACAGACAACAUUACUUUGAUAUGCAACACCAGCGCUCGACCCUCCGCCUUCAUUACCUGGGUUAAAAUGAUACCAGGCCUACCAGAUGGAGAAAAUACUGAGGAACUGUCACCAGGAACAGAAGAGACAAAACACGGAUUCUUCACAAUCAAUAAUGUGUCAAGAUUCCAGAGUGGGGACUAUCGCUGCCAGGCUACGAAUCGGAUCGGUCACACCUUCGAAACCGUGGCAUUGGUCGUGCAAUAUGAACCGGAAGUGAAGGUCGUACAACCAGACAUUCGUGCUGCUCCGGGCAGAUCGGUGACUUUCGGGUGUAACGUGAGCGCAAAUCCUGAACCAUUCGAUUUCUAUUGGACCAAAGAUGGCGCAAGGAUAAGUGAAGACGAUGCAGAUCCCACACCAAACACGUUUGUUAUUUUGAAGCUCAACCCAGAAACAGACUAUGGAAAUUACACCUGCGUGGUGACAAAUCAAGUCGGAACGUCAUCAGCCACGAUAGUUGUAAGCGGGCGCCCUCUAGCGCCAAUUAUAACCAACACUAAUCCACGAGGUAGAUUUCGUCACACCUACAAUCUUACGUGGGCAUCUUCUAACAGGAGACGGAAUGGUGUCCGAAUCGACAAUAUCCCUGUCGCUCGAUAUAUCAUCAAGUAUCAAAGAAAAGACAUUCAAUAUACAUCAGGGAAAAUGGUUCCCGUCCUAUGGCCCAACGAGGCCUUAUCGGAGACUGUCCAAGGCAAACAAUAUAUAAUACUCCGUGACUUGAAGGAGAAUAGCUCAUACGUAGGACGCGUGUGUCCGCAGAGUGACUAUGGCAUGGGAGAUUGUGUAUCGUACACAUUUACAACGUCCUCGGUUGACCUUCAAUCCCCUGCUACACCUAAGACUGCCUAUGCGGUCAGUUGCUCAGAUUCUGAUUCUUGCAUUGAGACGUGGACACCCUCCUCAUCGAGUGUCGAGAGAUUUUCAAUAAUUACCAUGGCAACAGCAACAACCAUAUCCUGUCUAUUGAUGUCAUAAUCAUCUGUACAUUUUUUUUUCCAUUAGACUCAUUUUCAUGAUCUACUAUAUCGUGUUUGUGUUGAGAAUUAUAUAAUUUUCAGCACAUGGGGUUGACCUUUUUUUCUAUUUUUAGACCAACGAGUAAAGAAAAGUUUUUUCUAAAUGGUUCUUUUAACCCCAAACGGAAAAACAUCCUCAAGGCAUUAAGAAUGGCAUUUAGUUCAUCAUGUAAUACUUUGCUCUAUUUAAUGGUUAUCAUUUUAACGCAAUAGACCACAUUGUUUCUAUGUAAACUGAAUGACGAAUUCCAAGUACAUAGUGUCCUAGAAAAGAAUUGGAACUUGCACCAAUGUAUCUUAUGGUAAAGACAUGAAAGGGGAAAGAGAACAAAAAAAUAUAUAUUUUGAGCAUGAAAAAAUCAAGAAAAAUUAGCGCGUGGAUGGUGGUGCUAGAAAAUACUGGAAGAUUCGCAUAUGGCCCCUGGACUAAAGAGCAUUUCAUGAAACAUUUUAGUCAGAUACAAGGAUUUCAGUAGCUUAUAUUAGUUUUCAGUGACAAAUGCUCCUAUGAUCCCUACACACCCCUUGUUUAUUUAUUACAACUACACAUCGAUCGGGAAUUCGUUUGUGCGUCCAUCGCACUAAGCGAAGUCGAUUCCCAUUUGUACCAGACUCAAUUCACAUAUUUAACAGUAGGGCAAGACGAGGUCAAACUGCCUUGUAGGCUGAUGUAUCUUAGAUGGGAGGGGUUGGGGAUCAGUCCCCUGAGAACAGCAUGUUACUUAUUUAAUUCAUGUUUAAUAAUCAUUCAAAUAUUUAUUUAGUCAUAACGCCAUUUUGCUGUUAUAUACUGUCAAUUAUCAUUUAUUGGUAUACAUUGUAUUUGUAUUUGUAAAUUUGUUGGUAACCAUCGAGCACCAAAUUUCCAUUUGAUUGGACAAUACAUUCAAUUCAAUUCAAAACGAAAGUACGCAGCACCGUUUGAGAUUGUCAAUAAAAUGUACAAACCGUCGCUCUAUACAGUUACAUGUACAUAAGAGAAACAAUGAAAGCAGUAGUGUAAUUGAAGUUAAAGCACUGGUAAAAGCAGACGCAUUAAGAAGUUAUAGUAGUAGUCGUAGAAGUAGUAGUAGAAGAACAAAAAGAAGUAGUAGUAGUAUAGUAGUAAAAGUACUAGUAGUAUAUAAUAGUAGAAUGAGUAGUAGUUGUAGUAGUAGUAGAAGUAGUAGAAGUAGUAGUAGUAGUAGUAGUAGUAGUAAUAGUAGUAGUAGUAGUAGUAGUAGUAGUAGUAGUAGUAGUAGUAGUAGUACAAGUAGCACUAGUAGCAGUGGUAGUAGUGGUAGUAGUAGUAGUAGUAGUAGUAGUAAUAGUAGUAGUAGUAGUAGUAGUAAAAGUAAAAGUAGCAGCAGUAGUAGCAGUAACUGCAGCAGAAGUGGUAGAAGUAGUAAUACAUUUGUAGUAGUAUUCCCCUACCUUUUUUAUACUUUUUUUAAAACGUAAAGGCGUAAGAAAUCUGAUUAAAGAUAGCAUAUCAUUACUCCCCCCACCACAAAUUUGUAAUUCAUUUUUUCCAAGAUAAAGCAUUUUUAGAUAUUUUUUUGCAUUUGAAACUGCUUCUAGUAGUUUUAUCAAUACCGAAAAUAUUUGAAAAAUACAAUAAUCUAAUAAUCUAGCAAUAUUGGAAAAAAUAUAUACCUGCAGUGUGUAAAUAUGUGAUAUGAUAUUAUGUCAUCUGCCUUAGAAUACAUUCUAUGGAAACUAUGUCACUGUAAAUACGUGUAUAUUUAUGGGUCCUUUGUAAUAAAUUUUAGGCCUUACUGGAUUUUGUAAAUAUAGAAAAGAUCUACUGGAAUUUUGUAUAGACGUAAAUCAUACAAAUUUCACACGAAAUAUGCGUGCUAUAUUCUUUUUGUGAAUAUUAUGGUGUAUAAUAUCAUUACGUAAUUAUAUUCUGUAUUGUCUUUUUCCUCCUAACCUAUAUAUUUGUGGUGUAUUACACUUGUUUACCGUCAAGGAAAAGUUACAUGUAUCUUUGGAGCAUUUGAUGAAGAGUUUCGUUGGUGAUUUUUACUCACAGGUUGCUCCCAGUCAAUCAGAAUGUUAACGGAUUUUUUUUUAAGUCACUGUCAAAGCCUUUUAUGAAACACGCCCCCGGUUUUUUACUCUUCUUUACUUUAUUUGGUAUUUAUUCUUCCCAUUUUCUUUUGUGUUUUUUUCUUUCUUCUUCUUUGCUCUUCUUUCCCUCUUUAUUUGUUUUUGUUCAAAUAAUCCUUUUCUUUCUCUUUUCUUUUAUUUCCUGUUUUUCAUAUUCGAUUGGAUUUUUUUUGCAUAAGAAUGAUAAAAAUGAACGUAAUAAUUUUAUUAGUGUAGAUUGUUAAUAUCGAGAAUGUAUCAGUUUUCAAUAUUUCAGUUAAAAUCUAUUUAUGUCAUAAAUAUACUUUACGGAUAGGCUCAUAAUGUAGCCGACGUUAACUGCUUUAUGUGCCAACUGGGAAUCGAUGUCAUAGUCAUUUAUUGAAGAAUAUAUUUCUGAAUUCAAAGGAAUUCAAUAUG